CAGCAGCAACAGGUGCCCCUCGCAGCAUCUUCUCCAUUCUGGCACCGGGAGGUUUUCCAGGUUCGGGUCUUUCUGGCAGGGAUCCGGUCUGUUUGCUGAACUGUUUUAUGUGAUUCUUUUUAUUCGUGAACUUUUCUGGGGUUUUCUUGUUUAUUUUUCACAUUUUGAAGCGGGGAACCGAACUUUAAAUGCGCUAAAAUCCCGCCGCCGCCCCAGACCGCGCAGACAGCAGGAUGCCCGUCCUAUCGAGCCCAGACACCGCCAACAGGUUCAGGGAGAGGUGGCUGGACCAGGCUGCCGGUUCCGGUUCUGCCCCCCUGGAUGACAGCCUCACCAGCCUCCACUGGCUACAGAACUUCUCCAUCCUGAGCGCCGACCCGGAGCGGCUGGCCGGUACCGGCCCGGAGUACCCGUCCUCCCAGCACCACCUGCUCCUCAGGCGGCUCGGCUUCCCCAGAACCGGGACCGACUCUCCGUCCAGCCCGCCGGCCGGGGACACGGCUGCGGCCGCCGGGAUGCCGCGGUACCCGGGCAGCCCCGCAACCUCCGGCAGCCAGACUACCGCCGCGCCUCCGCCGCGGUUCUCCCCGCUCCCCGCACCGGGCUUCCCGGUCCAGGCGGGCCCGCAGGUGGAGGUGGACUACCGGAGCAACCCGAAGGUCAAGCCGCCCUACUCCUACGCCUCUCUCAUCUGCAUGGCCAUGCAGGCCAGCAAGCAGCCCAAAGUCACGCUGUCCACCAUCUACAGCUGGAUCACAGACAACUUCUGCUACUACCGACACGCAGAGCCCAGCUGGCAGAACUCGAUCCGUCACAACUUGUCCCUCAACAAGUGUUUCAAGAAAGUCCCGAGGCAGAAAGACGAGCCUGGGAAGGGGGGCUUCUGGCAGAUAGACCCUCAGUAUGCCGACAUGUUCGUCAACGGCAUCUUUAAGCGCAGGAGGAUGUCUGCCAACCACUAUGGCGGCAGCGCUGCAGCAAGGCAGAGCAAGCUGGUGGAGGGCUUCCCCAGCAGCUGUCCUCACCAGGCGGGCGCCAAGCGGAAGCAGCUGUCCUCCACCGACUGCAGCAAGCUGAUGCGCUCCACAGAGUCCCCGCUUCUCGCCAUGGAAGCCAACAAAGCAGACAUCCUGAAGGGGGACUUUGACCUGGGGUCCGUGUUCGAUGACGUUCUCGGCAGCGGCUGCAGCACCUUCGAGGAUCUGGACCUGAACACGGCGCUGAGCUCGCUGGGCUGCGAGGUGGAGGCAUCCAUGAACGGCCGGCACCACGCGGCAGGCCUGGGGCGGUGGUGCGGCAGCGUGGAUGUGACCCACUAUCCAUCCUGCAGCUACCUGGACCUGAGCGCCACCUCCAUUGGCAGCACCGUUGGCGUGUCGCAGCCACUGCAGGGGCCGCAGCUGGAGCAGGACCAGCUGCUGCAGGGACAACACCAGCUGCAACAACUGGACGAGUCCACCACGCUGUUUGGCGAGCAGCCGGCGGACGCCGCGCUGCAGCCGUGGGAGGAGAUUAAAGAGGAGCCGCAGGUCAUUCCCCUGACCCUGGAUCCGGGCUUUGGCCUUUACGAGGGCUUCUUCACUGAGAUGCAGCAGUGGGAGCGAGUGGAGAGUUACCUGUGAACUCAGAUCUCCAUCCAGUCAUGGAGAAGAGUCCAACCGCUGGGGCGGCUCAAUGAAACGUAAACCAGCUACUCAUCUCAUCUCCUCUAAUCCGAUCCAGCAACCACUGAAUUAUUCAUUCACACUGAUGAGCCAUUAUGAACACCGCGCUGACUGAGCAGGUCUUCAUGUCUCUGGAACCGGUUUCUCUGGGUCAGGUGUCAGAUCCCAUCAGGUCAGAAUUUGGGGAGUAAACUCCUCAUGCUGACAUUCAUCUUCUUCUAGCCUUAAUAAGUUAUUUUCUGCAGCCGGGUUCAUUUUGUGCCAUUUUGUUCCAAUCUACUUUCAUUUCAUACCUGUAAGCAAUUCAUUUUGUUUCCAUUUACUUAACCAAUGCAGAUCAGUGUAUUUUUCUUUGUAAUUGUCUGUUUUAAUGAAUAACACCAAUAAGUAGUUAUAGAAUAGUUCAAUCUUAUUACAGAGAGAUUCACAAGUCAAUCUUUUCCAAGACAGGUCUGAAAGCAUGUUGACCACUUUGUACUUUUGCCAUUUCAUGGCUUUGCACCAACCGUCUGUCAGGGAGUAUCCACCAGGGGGCGUUUGGUUUAUAAAGUAUAACUAACCUCCAAAUCAACUUUUUUUGCUGAUAAACUGUCUAAAUAGGUUCUUAAGAGUUCUGUUAUGUUUCUGUUUGCCAUCAUGUGGAGAGUCAUCAACUGGAAGUACACUCUGUCACACGUUUUUACAUAAACUGGAAAGUGCAUCAUUCAUAAACUGUAUAAGGAUCUUACGGUGCCGUAGGAUCUUACGUUGCCGUAGGAUCUUACGGUGCAAAACCUUCCCUGCUGGGUUGAAACUGACCAACGGUUGGUACAAUAUCUUCAGUAGUAAUUGGCUACUUUUCAUAAUCGCUAAAGCAUCAAAGGACCAAAGUUAAAAAUGGCAAAGGGCUGAAGUGGCCAGGCUCCUGUCCUACUUAAGGCAGGGUGCUGUAGUGGAGGGUUAAUGUCAUGUUAGACAUUUGAUUGAUCUCCAAAAGCUGGUGAUGAAUGAAGUUGAAGUGUUGAAGCGACAUCCUUGUGAAUCCAGCAGAAAGUUGCUUUAUAGUGAGAUGAACAGUGUUCCUCCUCCUACCUGUGCUGGUGCACCAUAACGUCAUGAGGAUCAGUUCAUUUCUUUCUUCUCUAAAACAUGAUGGAGUGUAAUGUGUGUUUCGUUAUAAAGACUUUGGUGCAAAUUUUGAUUCUUUCUCACUGGUUUAAAGAGGUUGACAGAAGGCAUGUCAGUGAAAUGGAGAUCCGUGACAUUUCAUUCUGGAAUAUCAACGGAGUGAAAAUGGAAGAGUCUGGAGCAGGAAUAUGAGGGACCUGACUGUCCUGGAGACCCAGGCUGUCGUCAUAGUAACAGGACAGAAGCACAACGAUCCUCCAUCAACCGACUCUCCAGAGAGAAACUGAAAAACUGACACGGCAGACAGGAUGUUAUUGUGCUACAUUAGCAUUGACGUUUUAUAUUAACUGUUUAUGUUUGAUGACUAAAGAUGAACAUAAAUGGAGAUGCAUAAACUUCAGAUUCAAUAAGAAGAGUUUAGAAAUCAGUCAUGUACAACAUCAUAACAGCUGAUUUAAUAUCUACACAGCAGGAAGCUGGGCAGGAUGAGCCGCCGUCUGUCCUCUGAUAAAACCAGAAGUUCAUGAAAUCUAACAUUAUGCACUUUUAAUAGGCAGCAGCAGUUUGGUUUUGUUUUAGUUUAUUGUUGAAUUGUUUUUACUGAUUCUUAUAAAAAUGAAGCACAUUACACUGCAAUAACUCAAACUGGCUAGUUCUAGUAAGCUUUGAGCUACGCUGUGUUUUUUAUGAAUCUACGUAAAAAUGGAUAUUUGUUGAUGAUUUUGCGCCAAAUCUGUUGAAGAAUUAUGCAGUUUGCUGUUGUUUCUUUAUUGAUUAAUCAGAAAAUGAUUUUUUUGGUUUUAUGAUUGGCUGAUGAUUUCUUUUAUUUCUAUCGUUUGUUUUCACAGAUUUGAUCAGAAAUGGAGAGAAAAGUUUUAGGGAAUAAGUUUAUUACUAACAAGCCAGACUCAUUGUAAUAAGUUUGAUUAUUGUUGUUCGAUUCUGUGUUCAUUUGUACUUUUUUAAGCGGUUUGGGAAUGCAAUCAUGCCUUAAUGCAAUAAACGUGUCAAUUCAA